AUGGAAAUUGAUCUAUCUCUGAAACUAGAUUCAAAAGAUGAAGUAAAAGAAGAUAAACAAGAUGCUAUAGAGGAAGAGGUACACAUACAAGAAGAUAACAAAGAAGCAGAAACAGAAGUAGAGAAUAUUGGUGCAGCAGCAGAAACAUCCUUGCAGAAACAGUCGAAUACAGAAGAGUUAUCUGUCUUACAGAAGGAGAUGAAACUCAUGAAAGAGGAGAACAAGGUAUUGAGGAAGGUAGUAGAGCAAACAAUCAAGGACUACUAUGAUUUGCAGAUGAAAUUUGCAGUUAUUCAACAAAAUAACCAAACAAAGGAUCCUAAGAUGUUUCUCUCGCUCAACGGUAAUGAUGAUACGGUUCAAGAGCCAAAGAGAGGUCCAAGAAUAUUGAACAUCAAUAACCAAGCAGUGUCAUCACCAUCACAAGAAGAUGAUACUAGAGAAAGUGAUCAUUUAGGGUUGUCUUUAAGACUACAAACCAAUACGAGCCAACAAGAUUAUAAAGAAGAAGAUCGUAAAGAAGAGAGCAAAGAAGACAUGGCAAGGCUUGCACAAGCACAGAGUACACUGCACCGGAGUGAUGUGGCCGGAAUUACUAGCCAUGGUCCUUCCCCACCCAAUAGAAAAGCUAGGGUUUCAGUCAGAGCAAGAUGCCAAACAGCCACGAUGAAUGAUGGUUGCCAAUGGAGAAAAUAUGGGCAGAAAAUAGCAAAAGGAAAUCCUUGUCCACGAGCCUACUAUCGUUGCACUGUAGCUCCAGGAUGUCCAGUUAGAAAACAGGUGCAAAGAUGUUUAGAGGACAUGUCAAUACUCAUCACAACCUAUGAAGGAACACACAACCAUCCACUCCCCGUGGGCGCGACAGCAAUGGCUUCAACUGCAUCUGCAGCAGCAUCAUUCAUGUUAGUAGAUUCGAGCAAUCCCCUUUCGGAUGGACAUGGCAUCCCUAAUUUUGCCUCAGGAUCAUACCCCUACCAUACCACUCAUAUGAUGAACACCACAUCUCCAUAUCCAUCAGCCAUCAGAAACAUAAACCCUAAUGACCCUUCCAAAGGAAUUGUUCUUGAUCUCACCAACAAUCCUUUCAAUCCUUAUCAACAAUUCCCCUCAAGCUCGUCACCUCAGCUGGGCUUCAAUUGGAUGCCUAACAAACCAAGCAAUGGCAAUGGUACUAUUGCAAACAAUCUUCUUCCUAGUUCUAGAGGAUUAAUGGAUGAGGUCAUGGGUUGGAAAAGUGAAGAGAACAAGGCAUUGGCUGAAAAUGUGAGUGCAAUUGCUUCUGAUCCUAAAUUUAGGGUUGCUGUCGCGGCUGCCAUUUCGUCGCUGAUUAAUAAAGAAAGCCAAGCAAAUCAUUCCACAGGGGCUUCUUUGGUUCCAAGAGAUGGGGAGGGUGGUAGCUCUAGCAGUAACAACUGGGUUCUUGAAUCUCUCCCCACGAGUGGCCGGUAAGCUAAUAGAGAAACAUUGGACUGAUAGUUUUUGUUCAGAAACAGAUUGAAGCAUAUAUAUGUAGACUAUG